AUGGCCGGUGGAAAGAAGAAGAAGAAACCCGCCGCCAAUCCUGCUAGAGGCGUCGCAACUACAUCUAUUGCCUCCAAACUAAAAGUUGAAGUUCCUGAGGUUGAGCCAACGGCUCCAAACGGCGCCCAGGAUCGCCCCAAGGUUGGGCAAAAAGACACAGCCGCACCCGUGGGUACUGGGAGUGGUGCUCCGGGACAGCCACAAAAUGAACUGAGUCCAGAAGAGUUUGAGAGACAUCUUGAAACCUCCGAACUUCAAGGACUUGUGGAGAAACAUGCCCAGAAAACCAAAAGGGAUGCACUUCGUCAGAGAACAAGGUUAGAGACAGACCGGCGAGUAUUACGAAAUCAGGCGGAGAGCCUCAAUACGAGAAAAUGGCUUCCACCGGAACUUAUGGAGGAGAUUCUGGAUCUACUUAAGGCGGAAGGACGGUUUACAGGCCAAGGGGCUGAGGUUUCCGGUAGCAUAAAACCUGCUUCUGAAGAAGACUUAACGAUACGUCUCUGGACGUUACAGCAAUCUCUCGUUGGGGCAGGUUUUUCGCAAGACAAGGUAGCCUUGGCUCUGAGAUUCGUGUUGGAUAUAUCGGACAAGAUUAGUGUAGGGAGUAAGGAUGCAAUCUGGGGUAUGGAAGAGGCGUUGGAGUGGUUGGCACGUGAGUGCUCAAGGGAAGAACUUCCAGACUACGAAAGUUGGCAACGGAAGCCAGGAAUGACUUCCAAGUCCCAGACUGCAACACCACUUGAUACACCUCUGCCUUCAGGUGCCACCACCCCUCGCUUUGAGUCUGACACCAGACACUUUGGUCAUGUCAACCCUAACAAUGUCUCUCAAGCGGAGAAAAAGCGUUCAUCGGCCAAGAAAGUAACUAUAGAUUACGAUAGCGACAUUGAUCCCGAUGACUUGCAACCAGUUUACUUAGAGUGCAAGACAAAAUUAUUUCACUUACAACAAACACCACUGAAAAAACAAACCCCACGUUCAAAUGGUCGCAAUAACCCGCAAGACCUACAUCUUCCGACACGCCCGCCAGACCCAGAGACAUCAAAGAUCCUCAGGAAGAUUAAGAGAAUCGAGGACGAUGUUCUUUUCGAUCAGUAUGUUGCUGAUCAGCAAUGGGAAUCCAAACGAAUCCAACUCGAGAAAGAUGCUGCGGCGCGCCGAAGUGCUGAACAAGCUGCGCUAGACAAUACCGACUCACAAGAGUUAGAAAACUUAGUAGACUCAGACGACGAGGUCAGCAAAGAGGCGGCCAAAAUUGGGGCUGCAUUACUUGAAGAGACUGGUAGUGAUGACGAUGCUGCUCUUGCAGAUUUGUUUGCAAGUUUGCCUGUCGAUGAAAUUGAUCCUCUGACUGGAAAAAGCACUACCGUUAUUAAUGGUACCGAUGGUAUCAAAGUUACUAUUCGAAAUUUUGGAAAAUGGACGGGGGUAAACCCAACAAGGGUUCUAGAAGAGGCUUGCAGAGCAAGGGAUUCAACGUGCAGAUUAAAUUUGUCCCUCGUGUCGACUACAAGUUUCUCCAACCGCCACUCGCUCCAAAUUAGCUGGUCGAAAGCCCAAGAUCUCGCCACACUUGAUCCGCCCCCGGGAAUCCAGUAUAGUGCUUCGCCAAAGUCGCAAAUAUUUACCAUGAUAGGUAUUUCCACACCUGAUGUAAAACAAUCUGAGGCAUACAUUGCUACUGUGGCCUUGUUCCUUAUAUUCAGCUCAUCUGCAAGAGAGGACAAGGUUGUCCUCCGCCUCCCAGCUACUUGGCGAGACUUGUGGUCAGAGCUCGCCGAAGAGAAGAAGGAUAAGGGGGACCAGGUGGAUCGAGAGAGUAUUCGUAAGCUACGUGAUAUCAUUCGUGAGAAGAGGGAUCAGGAGCUCGAAGAUGGUGUCUUGUUGAAAGGGGCUUUCAAAAACAGGGGCUCGGCCAAAGCUCCCGAUAGCACUGAUGAAUCAAUGGCAGAUAGAGCUGCGAGAUCGGCUCUUACUCCUGAGGCCUAUUAUAAGAUUUGGGCAGAUAAGUGUAGCACCCAAAGUUACCAAAUUAUGCUUGCAAGUAGCCGCGCCUAUCAAUCUCGCAUGCAGCUUCCAAUGUGGGGUUUCAAGGAGCAAGUCCUCCAAACAAUUGAUAGGGAGCAGGUUGUUAUAAUCUGCGGAGAAACUGGCUGUGGGAAGAGUACCCAAGUUCCCGCGUUUAUCUUGGAACACGAACUUUCAAAGGGCAAGGGUUGCAAGAUAUACUGCACAGAGCCGCGACGUAUAUCGGCCAUUUCUCUUGCACGGCGCGUUAGCGAGGAGCUGGGAGAACGCAAGAAUGACGUUGGAACGUCCCGUUCUCUCGUCGGCUACGCAAUCCGGCUUGAGUCGAACACGUCAAAGGAGAGCAGACUUGUGUAUGCAACUACUGGUAUUGUAAUGCGAAUGCUCGAGGGAUCAAACGACCUCAGAGACAUUACCCAUAUAGUCCUCGAUGAAGUGCAUGAGCGUACUAUCGACAGCGACUUUUUGUUGAUUAUUUUACGAAAACUCAUGGUUAGGAGACCAGAUCUUAAGGUGGUCUUGAUGUCCGCAACAGUUGAUGCUGAUCGAUUCUCUAAGUAUCUGGAUGGUGCGCCUGUUUUAAAUGUUCCUGGGCGAACCUUCCCAGUUCAGGUCAAAUACCUCGAGGAUGCAGUCGAACUAACGGGGUACUCCUUGGACAAUGGUUCUUCCCAGAAAUAUACUGACCUUGAUGAUCUUGACGCCGGAGACGUUGCUGUCAAUGAUACCGCCAGUGCUGAUAAUACCAAGGCAUUGCGGGGCUAUAGUGCCAAAACGCGGAAUACCAUUGCACAAAUUGACGAAUACCGGAUUGACUUUGAUUUGGUCACUCAACUCCUAGCCAGAAUUGCCACAGAUGAUCGUUUUAUGAAGUACAGCAAAGCAAUAUUGGUUUUCUUACCGGGUAUUGGGGAGAUCCGUCAACUCAAUGAUAUGCUCGUUGGACAUCCAGUGUUCUCUUCGAACUGGUAUGUCUAUCCACUGCACUCAACUAUUGCCAGCGAGGACCAAGAAGCUGCAUUUUUAGUUCCCCCUCCAGGUACGCGAAAGAUUGUUCUGGCGACCAAUAUAGCCGAGACUGGAAUCACUAUUCCUGAUGUUACGUGUGUCGUUGAUACGGGAAAGCAUCGAGAAAUGAGAUUCGAUGAAAGAAGGCAGCUCUCAAGACUUUUAGAAACUUUUAUAAGCAAAGCAAAUGCCAAGCAGAGAAGAGGAAGAGCCGGAAGAGUUCAGGAGGGCUUAUGCUUUCACCUCUUUACUAAAUAUCGACAUGACGAGCUUAUGGCAGACCAGCAAACUCCUGAGCUUCUCCGAUUAUCUUUGCAAGAUCUAGCUAUUCGUGUCAAAAUCUGCAAGCUUGGAGGUGUUGAAGAAACACUCAGUGAGGCCUUAGAUCCACCGUUACCUAAGAAUAUUCGCCGUGCGGUGGACGCACUGAUUGAUGUAAGGGCGUUGACUCCUGGCGAAGAUCUGACACCUUUAGGCAUCCAGCUGGCAAGGCUUCCACUGGAUGUCUUCUUGGGUAAACUUAUCCUUCUGGGAAGUAUAUUUAAAUGCUUAGAUGCCGUGAUUACCAUCGCAGCCAUUUUGUCUUCGAAAUCGCCGUUCGUUGCUCCAUUUGGAGCUCGAGGCCAAGCUGAUACUAUCCGACUUUCAUUCCGUAGAGGUGACUCCGACCUUUUGACCGUCUAUAAUGCUUAUCUGGCUUGGAAACGAGUCUGCCUCAGUAACUCUUCGGAAUUUCAAUUCUGCAGGAAGAACUUCCUCAGCCAACAGACAUUAUCAAAUAUUGAAGAUCUGAAAGGGCAACUUGUGGUAUCCCUAGUUGACUCGGGAUUUCUCCUUCUCACAGAAGCUGAGCGAAGUACUUUGAAUCGAUUCUACAAUGCCCACGAAACCACCGCCAUUGAGGAAUUCUCGAUCGCUCUACUGUGUGGUGAUGUCCGCUGUGAUCUAUACGCCGGAGUUAUUAUUCUCGACGGAAACCGAGCUCGAUUUGCGGUCUCUGACUGGAAAACUAUGCUCGCGAUCAAGACAUUGCGUGCCAGACUACGGGAUAUUAUGACACGCUCGUUCAAAACCCCUGGGAAGCCGCUGACAGCACAACAGCAGAAGUGGAUGGAGGUGUGGCAGAAGAUAUUUUCACAGGAGUUUAGAGAUAAGUAA